CCUUUCUUGGAAACAGAUUCCUGGAACCGCCGUCAGUCCAAACUGAACUGAGCUGUUUUCUGUCCUGCACUUCACUGAAUAUAGAGCACACACACCUCACACUCUCAUUUGCAGCUCAACACCGACAGCACACACAGGGAUAUUUAUUUAUUCUCGUUUUUAUUCCUGCAACAGAUGAUAACAAGGAAUAUUUCUCUUUUUUUCGCCAUCAUCUGAGACUGAUUUAUUAAUGAUUUACUGAGAGGCUGCUGGAUUAUUCACUGGACUGUGUUUUAAACUGUUCAUCAAACUGGACUGGAUCCUUAUGAUUCUCUCUGAUUUGAGGACUACUGUCAGUCAGAAAUGGUUGCCCGGGCAGUGACCAUUUUCCAUCAUGAGGAUCGGGGAGCUUCAUGCCACCCUCAUCCUGCUCCUCCACCCUGUGACCCAGCAGAGGACCUCCGCUGCAUCACCACCACCUUCCAGUAUCUACAGACCUCAGGCUGGUACUGGGGCUCCAUCUCAGCGAGUGAAGCUCGGGAAGCUCUCCUAAAAAUGUCUGAAGGUACAUUUCUGGUGCGGGACAGCAGUCAUCCUCAGUACAUGCUGGCCCUGUCAGUUAAGACCCGCUGUGGACCCACCAGUGUACGCAUAGAGUACAGCAGGGGCUCUUUCUGGCUGGACUCCAUCUCUCCCGGCCUGCCUCACCUGCAGUCCUUCCCAGAUGUUCUCAGCCUCGUACAGCACUACACGGCCUUGGGCCACACGCCGCAGGGCCAGUCGUCUGAUGACAUCCACCACCAAACAAAGCCUGACGCUGCCAAGCACAUGGCUAAAGACAGCGGAGUGCCUCUGAAGCUGAUGCACCCCCUGCACAAACCAGAGGCCUUCCCCUCUCUGCAGCACCUGACGCGCCUCACCAUCAACAGACACACAAACUGUGCCGACCAGCUGCCGCUCCCAAAGCCUCUGCUGCGCUUCCUGCAGGACUACCCUUUCCACAUAUGAGGGUCUCUGUCCCUCUGGUGCAGGACACAGAGACAGGAACGUGGGUCAGGGUCACACUCCAUGACCACACACUGUGAAUCUGGGACAGUUUAACACCCCGGGCAACAAUGAAAGGCCCAGAGGGAGAGCACUGACAUGAAUGAGCUCAGUCUUACUACAGUGCUGCUGUUGUUCUUCAGAAUAAUAUAUUUUAUUAUUUUCAUAUGUCUGUCCCAGCUGCUGUAAACUGAUUUUAUUUCUACAAUGCCAAUGUGUUUUGUCUUUAUUUGCCCCACCAGUAAGAAGAAAGUCACAGAGGUUUGUGCAUGUUUCAGACUGGUGGUCCCAAUUGUUUUUUCCAUAAGACAGCCCAGAAUUAUCAAUAAUAUAUCAGUGAAAUGAGCAGCGACUGCAGUAAGGGGUUGGUUAUCUCUACUGGAACAACCAAGCAAGAGAUAGCAUCAGAAAUAAUUUGGGUUUUUGUCUGUUUUCUUUGCGUUGGAGCUCAUUCUGCUGGACCUGAGGUUUGCAAAGAGUGCUUAACAAAGCAAUGUUUAUUCACUCGUCAUGAAAUCAAUGAACCUGAUUAACCAUGGCUGAACCAACCGUGAUGUCAUGUGACACUUUUGGGCACUACUAUAGCCAUCGCACAAACUCUUAAACAUGACUUUUCACCCCCUUUUUUUGGUUUGUUUUAUUGCCAUCCUGAUACAGAGUGUGUUUUGAUUAUUAUUCUGCUUGGAGCUAAUGACUCUUUUUCUCUCUGCAUGUCUGGGUUUUAUUACGGUCAGAUCCAAUCACAAUUGAUACACUGAUGAGAUGUGUUGUUACCAAUAUUAUCAGCUGACACAUGACAUGCAAAUUGGAGGGCCAGAGGUGGGUGACAAGUUCUUUUAAAAGAUGUGACAGGGUAAAGUGUGUAUUUUGUAUUUCUUUAAUGUGCAGAAUCAUUUUUUUUAAAUCACAGAUCUUCUUACAACAUUCAUUACCAGCAUUAACAUCAAAAGCUGUUUGUGCAAACGCUGUUGUUAGCUGUUAAAGGACAUCUGUUUACACACUGCUGGUUUUAUUCUCAGAAGAGGAUCAUACAUGCCUGUGGAUUUCAGAGAAAUAAACCUCAAAUGUUUUCUCU